GCCUCCGGUACCUCCCCUCCCUCCCUCUCUCUACCCCGAGUUUACUAUAAAAGUGGAAAAAACCACACUUGCUGCGCAAACAACUUUUUGCUCUGCUUGCAGUCUGACCGGACCUCCAACCUAAUCAUGAGUAAGAACUACUUGUCCAAAAACGAUGAACUCCGCAAGGGAGACUUUCUGAUCUCCAACAACAGGGAGUGGAAGGCCGUCUUCCAGGAGGAUGGUAACUUCGUCAUCUAUGGCUGGAAGCCUUUUUGGUCUUCAGACACUUCCGGAUCAGACGGAAUGCGCGUGUGCAUGCAGGCCGAUUGCAACCUGGUCAUGUACAACAAGAGUGAUCAACCCCAGUGGCACACAAACUCCUCCAAACCUAAAUGCAACAUGUGCCGCCUUCACCUGACCGAUGAGGGAAAACUGGUGGUCAGCAGGGAAAGUGAUGAGAUCUGGAACUCCGAUAAAGACAAAGGCAUGAAGUGAAUCAUUGUGAGCGUUACGCCUUGUGAUCAGCUUGAGUUACCAGUAAACCCUCCUUGUGUAUAAUCUUCAAAUAAAAGACAUUUGUCACAAAGCAUGAA